GCUAUCCAUAGAAAAUUUGGCAAAUGAAAAUCUAACAUCACUACAAAAUAAAGGACGUCGUCAAUAUGCAGCAUUGCAAGAUAUUGAUAAAGAAGUAGUGGAGCGACUUAUCAGACAAUGGGCACCUGUGGUAUGGUUGGCACCGGAAGAGAAAUUUAUGCCAUUGGGAGUAGAGGAAUUCUUGGCGCAUGUACAUCCUGAGAGCAAAGACAACUCGUUUACACCGGGAAUAUCAUUUGGUGAGAAUUCGGAGAAAUCAUAUUUGGUAACAAAUGCAGAAAUUGAUCAAUUAUUGGAAAACGAAACAUCAUUUAUAUAUGGACGUAAUCCAAAUGUAUCGCCAGUUCCCAUAUAUGCUGUGGUUACAUUAUGUCACACGGAACAAUUACCCUUACCAAAUACGGAACCGACAUUUAACCAAGCAAAUAUAAAUUUACAACAACCGCCUAUAAACCCAAUAAACUAUGCUGCACCUCCUAUACAUGGUCCUGCUGCCGGUUCACCAGUUGUCCCUUUAGCCUUAGUACAACAACAAAGAUAUGCGCCCACACCUGUGGAAAUUACUAAAGCCACACGAGGACCCUACAUACCAGUGACACUGGGACCACAAGACCAAUUCAACAACACCAUAAGACGUUCGUCUCGUUUGUAUCCCCUUUUCAAGAGGGUUAGACGUAACAUUACUCCCGUAUAUCCCAACAAUUUAGCAACACCCCAAUUACCAAUUACACCAUUCGAUUUGGUAAUGGGUGAAAGUGCUCCAGCAUCUGAAAUGUUAACAGCACCAAUUGCAGUAGCAAAAAAGGAAUCCGAUGCCACAGACAAUAAUGAGAAUGUUAAUAAUUUUAUUGCCAAUUUAUCGGAUAAUGUCAAAUUCAGUAUACCUAUCAAUGAACAGGAAAAUGUAUUGGCCAAUGAAAAUAAACCACAACAAACAUUUGCCUAUAGAGAAGGUACUCCGGUGCCUUCAUUUCAUGUCACCUACUGGAUGUUCUAUCCAUAUAGUCAGGGCAAAAAUAUGUGUACAUUGAAAUUGGGACCAUUUGGUCGCAUACCAUUUCCGGCCGUCUAUGGGUACUGUUUGGGACGAAAGAAAGACAUUGGCAGUCAUAUUGGUGACUGGGAACAUAUGACUUUGUAUUUUACUGGAGCAGCGGAACCGGAAGCCAUGUAUGUUUCAGCACAUGACGCAGGUGCAUAUUAUACAUAUAAUCGACUGACAGGCUCUUUUGAAUUUAAAAGACAGGAGACAAGGAAGGGUAUUUUACAAAGGCCCAAUUUUCCAAAAACUGUAACGACCUUUAAUGAUCAUCCCGUUCUAUUUGCAGCAAAGGGUUCCCAUGGUUUAUGGACAGCACCUGGAAAACAUCGUUUUGUCAAAGUCGCUCGUUUAUAUGAUAUAAAUGGAUUCGGUACACCAUGGAAUACUUGGAAAAGUGUCACAAUAACAUACGAAAAUUUAAAAUCAUAUGGACGUUCAUUGACACCCACUUGGCUUUCAUUCAAAGGCAAGUGGGGUAACCCGAAAAGUAAAUGUCAUCCAUUAAGGCGUAUCGGUUUGAAUUUUUGCGAGUACACCGAUGGACCAACUGGUAUACCACUGAAAGAACCACAUUUUCAAUGUGGCGCCUCCUAUAGAUAA